AUGCUGAGACUGAACUCCGAGUUGAGGGUGCCGACCAUGCUUGCGCAGGUGGAAACGCCGGAUGUCCAGCUCGUCGGUGUGAAGGAAGCAGGACAGCUUGGCUUUGCCUUGAGCCUUAUGGGCCUGACCGUGCUCAACGUUGCGAUGUCUGCCAUGAAGAGAUGCCUGCGGGAGAUGAGGGAAGGGCGACACCCCGAGGAACAAAGCCGCCUUCCCUUCGCAGAGCUCUACCGCGAGGUGGGUUUCGAGGAGCACUAUGCCUGGGAAGAGAGGUUCCAAGGCCAGCUCGGCCGUGCACGGCUGCCGAAGGCGAAACUCUGA